CCAGCUUGCCCUUCGGUGGGCCCCGGGGCCUGAAGGUCUCGAACAAAAGGAGAGAUGAUCCCUCAUGCUUGCUCUGAAAGAUCAGAUGUCCUCGCGCCGGACCGCUUGCCCUGCAUGGUGAAACCGACAUCUGAAUAUCAACAUUCGCAUCUCUUCAACACAGGCAAAAAGGCACGCGACACACAAGCAAAAGGUCAAGAGAUUUUGUUAAACAAGCACCCGAUCUCGGCGGAAAAAAAGAAGCUUCACCCCGGAAGCCGGAUCAUGUUCUGGAAACGCUAUGCGAAACUCUAAAUCUGCUGAUGAUGCAUUGCGUGCUCUCCAGGCGUUGAGAGACGACGACGAAGAAAUUUUUCUUCAGGAUGCUUAAAAGAGAUUCUAUGACCAACUCUUGCUCGGUGUUUUUCUCUGUUCAACAACGACAGUUUUUCACCACACAACCAGUUUGAGUCAGACAUUGGAGCUCUUCUCCAGACUCCCCAGAAUCUUUUAACGCCAUGACUUUCGAGCACGGGGCAGAUGUUGCUGGACCGUCAGAUGGUGACAACAAGUCGGUUUACAAGACCAAUUCGGAGGAGGUCAUUGUUGGUGGUUCGGGAGAUUAUGAUGCUGUGUACGGUGUUGGUGGUGUUGGUCACACACAUCGUAGACUGAAGGCACGACACGUCACAUUCAUUGGUUUCGGUGGUGGUAUUGGUACGGGUCUUUUCAUCGGUACUGGAAGUGCUUUGGCGAGUGCAGGACCUCUUGGUCUCCUUCUCGCCUACUCGGUCGUUGGUUUGAUUCUGUGGUGUGUCAUGGAGUCUGUCGGAGAAAUCGCUACUCUGUUCCCUACCGCUGGAUCAUUCCCUCACUUUGCUACUCGCUUUGUUGACCCCGCUCUUGGAUUCACUCUUGCCAUUUCAUACGGAUAUUGUUAUACCAUCGCCAUCGCCUCAGAAGUGUCUGCUGCUGCAGUCGUUGUCUCUUACUGGACCGAUAUCACACCUGCUGUAGUUAUUACAGUUGGUCUGGUUGCUAUUCUGGCUAUCAACUUGAUGAACGUUCGCUUCUUCGGAGAGGCUGAAGUCAUCACUGCUUCCAUCAAAAUCCUGUGCUUUUUGGGUCUGGUCAUCGUUUCCAUCGUCAUCACCUCCGGCGGAGCACCCAACGGCGAGUCCAUUGGCUUCCGUUAUUGGCGCAAUCCUGGGCCCUUUACAGACUACAACGGUAUCAAGGGAAAUACUGGACAUUUUUUGGCAUUUUUCAGUGCUUUCAUCAACGCCAGUUUCUCAUACAUCGGUGUUGAGACUGUUAUUGUUGCAGCAGCCGAGACUAUGAACCCUCACAAAGCUAUUCCCAAGGCUGUUCACCGUGUCACCUACCGUAUCCUCUUCUUCUACGUCCUUGGUACGCUUCUCAUCGGAAUGAUCGUUCCCUCAAACGACCCCAACCUCGUUUCUGGCACCGGAAACGCCAACUCCUCUCCCUGGGUCAUCGCUAUCAAGAACUCUGGAAUCUCUGUUCUGCCCUCGAUCGUGAACGCUUGUAUCUUGAUCUCUGCCUGGUCGGCCGGAAACAGUUACUGCUACAUUGGAUCUCGUAUGCUCGUUGCUCUUGCUGCAGAUCACCAGAUGCCCCAGUUCUUCGCCAAGGUUAACCGUCAAGGUGUCCCUUAUUACGCUGUCCUCGCCUCCUUUGCCUUCGGUCCCCUUGCCUACCUCUCGCUUGGCUCCGGCGGUGCUUCUCAGGCUUUCACCUGGUUGCUCAACCUCAGUACCGUUGCUGGUUUGUUGGCUUGGAUGACCCUGUGUAUCUGCUACAUCCGCUAUCAUCACGCAUGUGUCGCUCAAGGCAUCGACCGCAACACUCUACCCAUGAAGGGUCGUCUCCAACCCCUCGCCGCCUACGUUGGCGCAAUUGGCAGCGGUAUCAUCACCAUCUUCUCCGGCUUCAGCGUCUUCCUCAAGGGAAACUGGGACACCGGAUCCUUUUUCGCCUCUUACAUCGGUAUCGCAAUCUACAUCAUCCCAUACGUGGUUUGGAAGAUUGUCAAGAGAACGAAAAUCGCUGGUGCCUCUGAGAUUGAUCUUUAUUCCGGUCGCUUUGACCCUGCUGGUGCAGUCAAGGAGAAGGAGCCAGUAACGAAAUGGGAGAAAUUCCUUGACUGGUUGUUGUAGGGCAACUUUCAAAACGUCGAUUCAACCUCGACAUGCAUAGAUUCACGAUAUAGACUAUAGACCCAAAUUAAUGUCUUCCUUCUCAC